GGAUACUAUGAAUAAAACAGUAGAUGAAAACAAUGCACUUGAAAGUGGUAUGGAGUCAGAGCCAUCUCAAUCACCAAGGCCGAAUGCUACAACAUCUACAUCUUCGAGGAAAAGAAAUAAGACAGAUGAAUCAAAUGAAAUAUUAGAGGUUUUGAAAAGUGCUAAAAAAAAGAUGGAUGAAAGGGAGAAGAAGGAUCCAUUUGAUAUAUAUGGUGAAUAUAUUGCUGCUGAAUUAAGAAGUGUUAAAGAUGACCAAGCCGUGACACAGGCAAAGUACCAUAUUAAUAAUAUACUGUAUGAAUUAAAAAUGGGACGAUAUAAUACAUAUGGAUAUCAAACGGCAUCUUCUCAUCCAUCAUCAACACCAAAUAAUGUUCAGGAAACUGAAAUAAGGGAAAUUGAGAGACACGAAACAAAUAGACUAGAUGCAUUACGAGACGAAACAGAAGAUUCGGCUAUACUAAACUUAGUUAACUAUCUCAGUGAUGAAUCAACGCAAUAGCAUACACUGUUUUUUUUUUUGUGUUUUUUAAUUAAUAAAAUACUUGAUUACACAAAUAGUGUUCUUGUACCUUGACAUAUCCUGCUAGUGAGUUAAUUAGUUCUUGACAUACAUCUGGUAUAAUUUUGCUAAUCAAUUGUUUUGAUACUCUGAAUGUGUAUGAAAGAGAACUGUAUGAAUCUCCAGUUGCAAGAUACCGUAAUGUAAUAGCCAGCCUCGUUUGAGGUGAAACUGGCUGACGAAUAUUUGUUUCCCUUUUGGCUAUUGAUGGACCAAUCAUUUCUAGAAGAUGUUCGAAAUCACUUUUCGACAUUCUCGUAAAGUUACAAAAUGAUCCAUCUGUCAUUCUGAGGUCACUCAUCAAAUUUUCUCUUUGCAAAAGAUAAUUUCGAAUCCACCAUCUUUUUCUCUUUUUUUUAUUAGAGAUUCUAUACAUCUGAUACAGAGAACACAACAACACUACCUCCUCGGGCAACAUUUUAACGCAGACUGGCGUGUGGACAACCUGUAUUGAUUUAAACAUAGUUGCUAGCAACAUUCUCGCCGCUCACCAACAAUGUUUAGCAACUGUUGCUAAACAAAUGUUUACCAUGAAUACGGGGCUUAAGGCUGCC